AAUCUUAGCUUUUCAUCCUGGCUGCCUCUCACAGCCGCGCCUCACCACGCCCAACUCGACCUCCAUCACACCUCUCGCCCUCUCCAACACCACCACGCAUCGCGCAGCAUCCCUAGACCGCGCCGACCUGAUUCCGUCGCAGUGCCCGCCGACUCCGCGCUCACCGGACCGCUAUGGUGAAGUUUCGAAGAUCCAUGAAGGGCGACAAGGCCGACAGCAAGCCGCACCACAUCUCCAUUCCACCCAAGGACGCAAUCGCCAUCGUGCCGCCCAAGAAGGUCAUCAAAGCCCUCUACGACUACACGCCGCCCGACUCGAGCCCGAGUUCUGGCUACCUGAGCUUCUCCCAGGGCGACUUCCUGCACGUCGUUGGCCGCGAGAACGAUCCCGAUUGGUACGAGGCGUGCAACCCGCUGCAAAACACGCGUGGCCUGGUGCCUGUGACAUACUUCGAGCUGGUUGGCAAGACGGUGCGGGACAGUGGUAGCUCGACCAAGUCGAUUCCCUCCAGCCAGCCCAGCGCGGGCCACGACUCCGGAUACGCCGAGAAGACGCCUGCUGCUUCCGGCGCAGCCAUCGCCGAGAACGACGGACCGAAGCCGAUGCGCAUGUCGAAGGCACUGGGAAAGGGGGCGGGAGUGGGGGCCAUGGUGUAUGGCAUCGUGAUGUACGACUUCAAAGCCGAGCGGCCCGACGAGCUGGAGGCCAAGGAGGGGGAAGCCAUCAUCGUCAUUGCGCAAUCCAACCCGGAAUGGUUCGUUGCGAAGCCCAUUACCCGCCUGGGAGGGCCCGGCUUGAUCCCAGUGUCUUUCAUCGAGAUACGAGAUAUGACGACCGGACAAGCCGUUCCCGAUGCCCAGGAAGCCGUUCAAAGGGCUGGAGUACCCAAGGUUGAAGAGUGGAAGAAGAUGGCUGCUGACUACAAAAAUGGCAGCAUCCCGCUUGGGAAGCUCGAGUCCAAUUCCGCUCAGUCGCUACAACAAGGAAUGGAGCGAAUGAGUCUAGGAAGCAAGAACCAAGCCGGCUACGACAGCAAUGGCCAAGUCACUCCCGGGACUGGAUCACACUCUCGGAGCGCCAGCGCAUAUCAGAACCAGCCGCAAUAUCGGGGUUCCGAUCCUAACCUUCUAGCCCCCGUCAAAGCGUGUGUUCCUCGUUACUGUUUCGCAGACGACAUUUUCUGGUUCAUCAUUGAGUGCCAGAUGGAAGACGGGAGGCAUUGGGAACUGCAGCGUCUCUACCAGGACUUCUACGACCUUCAAAUCCAGCUGAUUGCUGCCUUUCCAGUGGAGGCCGGCACAGCAGGCACCGGCGACCGAACUCUGCCCUUCAUGCCUGGUCCAGUCACCUACGUUACCGACAAUAUCUCAAACGGCCGCCGCGCGAAUCUUGACGAAUACAUCAAGAAUCUGCUUAAGCUAGGGUCUCAUAUUACACAAGGGACGCUAGUCAAGACAUUCUUCGCUCCUCGCCAGGGUGACUACGAGAUCGACCCAGAUGUAAUUGCUGCAGAAGAGUACCGCAUGUCCCAAAGCUCGCAGCACUCUUCCGAUCCAUCCCAAGGGGCUUCACGGGAGUCUUCCGCUGAUCAUCUUCCAUCCCAAAAUUCGCAAGCUGCCUACCCCAAUUCGUCCAACUAUCCGUCUCAGGCCAACCACCAACGGGGCCAAGCGUCUAUGUCGGGCCAGCAACUUCAGAAUCCGCAACAUUAUCGAACUACAUCGGAUCUCGCACCGCCAAUGCUCCGCCAAACGUCCUCUCUGACGCAGAACUCGGCGACGUCGGCGAGCGCGGCACUCAAAAUUAAAGUGUGGUUUGAAGAAGAUAACUGCGUUGUUAUCCGUAUGCCACAGUCGUUCCGAUACAACGACUUGUACAAAAAACUGCAGGAACGGAGGGCACUGGAAAGGCCGGAUGAGGGUCGUUCUGAAGAGUUGGUCGUGGAGUACCGAGAUGAGAGAGAAGAACGGUUCUACCCAAUCGAAAAUGACGAAGAUCUAGCAAUUGCAGUCGAACGGAAUCCCAAGCUGACUCUUAGCGUGACUGCAAUGCGGUAAUCUCUGCCGUCUGCACGGUUUCCUUUAUCAUCUUAUUCUACGUUGGAAUGAGCAAAACACGAAUCUCCGAUUCUGGGUAUUGUCCACGAAACGUCCGGGGCAGCUUGUAGUAGGAUGUUGACGAGUCGAUGAUUUGA